AAUCAUUCCCAUGCACGGUUCCAAUAAGUUUCUUACGCGAAACUCACUACUACUAUAGUGAGAAAUUCUAUGGUGGAAAGUAUAGUUUCCCUUGGUGCCAUCGUGUGCGUCAAGCGUCAAUCACUGACAAGCUGCUGGUGCUACCAUAGAGAAAUCUAUGGUGCUACUGCAACGCAUCUGGAACAACGGUCCCACAAAUGCAAUGAGCCUAGCUGAAAGCAUCGCUGCCAAAACGACACGCGAUGCUCUUUCGAAGGUCGUUGGUCAGGUCGAGGUUGGCAUGCAGUGCAGCUUGCCUCUGGCCGACAAAUCUGUCGGGUGCUCCUUCAAAGCACGGAGCGUCUCGAAGAGCAUGCAGACUACGGAGACCCUGGAUCAUCUAAGCUUCACCUCAGCAUCGAGGCCUUCUAUUUCUCCAUCAACUGCCAAAUGUGACAACUCAAAGCAAGGAUGCCUUCACCGAUAUCAGUUAUGUGACUACGAGACUGAUAAACUGUCUCAUCUGGAAACACACGCAAAUGUCCAUACGGGCGAGAAGCCGCUUCAUUGCCUUUUAUGCCCUCAGAGCUUUUCACAAGAAGUCCACCAGAAAAGUUACCUAUGCACCGACACAGGCGAGAAGUCAUUUCGGUGUCCUUCAUGCUCUCGGAGUUUCUCACGAAAAAUUUACCUGAAAGAGCACCUGUGUGAGUGCACAGGUGAGAUGCCAUUUCAAUGUCCUUCAUGCUCUCGGAGCUUCUCACGUAAGGCCAGCCUUAUAGUCCACUUGCGCACUCACACAGGCGAGAAGCCAUAUCAGUGUCCUUCAUGCUUGCGGAGCUUUUCAGAAAAGUACAACCUUAUGAGACACAUGCGCAUCCACACAGGUGAGAGGCCAUAUCAGUGCCCUUCAUGCUCUCAGAGCUUCUCAGAAAAGGGCAAGCUUAUGAAACACCUGCGCACCCACACGGGUGAGAAGCCGUAUCAGUGCCCUUCAUGCUCGCAGAGCUUCUCAGAAAAGGGCAACCUUAUAAAGCAUUUACGCACCCACACAGGUGAGAGGCCAUAUCAGUGCCCUUCAUGCUCUCUCAGCUUCUCACUUAAGAGCCACAUGAAAAACCACCUGCGCACCCACACAGGUGAGAAACCGUUUCAUUGUCCUUCGUGCCUUAAGAGCUUCAUACGAAAGACCAGCCUGAUAUGCCACCUACGAACCCACACAGGCGAGAAGCCCUAUCAGUGCCCUUCAUGCUCUCGGAGUUUCUCACUAAAGGGUGCCCUGAACAUACACCAGCGCAUUCAUACAGGUGACCGGCCAUACAGUUGCACCGUCUGUUCCAAGUCCUUUACGCAAUCUAAUCACUUGAGCAGACAUAAGAGAGCACAGCACCCUGAUAGUGUAGGGUAGGUCAACAACCAUGUUGAAGUGGAGUUUGAAUUGAAGAUCUACAGACAUGUGGCAUGCUGCAUAGCAUUGUACUGCAUCAAGUAACACAAGUGCCUUCAUGUGCCCUUAAAGGGGCCCUGAAACAC